AUUGUGAACCGACACGGGCCGGAGGCAGACAGACAUUUAUUACGCUGUCUAUUCUCGCACGUGGAUUUCAGUGGCGAUGGUAAAAGUAGCGGCAAAGAUUUCCAUCAGACUCAGUUUCUGAUUCAGGAGUGUGCGUCGCUGAUCACUAAGCCAAACUUUAUCUCGACGCUGUGCUACGCCAUUGACAAUCCGUUGCACUAUCAGAAGAGCCUGAAGCCUUCACCCCAUCUGUUUACUCAGCUUAGUAAAGUGCUCAAGUUAAGCAAGGUCCAAGAGGUCAUCUUUGGUCUUGCAUUGCUGAAUUCUUCUAGCUCAGAUCUGCGGGGGUUUGCUCUCCAGUUCGUGAAACAGAAACUUCCAGAUCUUCUGCGAUCUUACAUUGACGCAGACGUAAGCGGGAACCAAGAAGGUGGCUUUCAGGAUAUCGCGAUAGAAGUCCUACACCUGCUCCUCUCCCAUCUCCUUUUUGGGCAAAAGGGAGCUUUUGGUGUUGGGCAGGAACAAAUUGACGCUUUUCUUAAGACCUUGCGCAGAGAUUUUCCGCAAGAGCGUUGCCCUGUGGUGCUUGCACCACUGCUAUAUCCUGAAAAACGGGACAUUCUGAUGGAUAGGAUCCUGACUGAUUCGGGAGGGAUAGCGAAAACGAUGGACAGCUCAUUGGCAGACUUUAUGCAAGAAGUAGGCUACAGCUUUUGUACAAGCGCUGAAGAAUGCCGCCAAAUAAUUUUGCAGUUUGGGGUUCGGGAAGUGACGGCUUCUCAGGUUGCCAGGGUGCUGGGAAUGAUGGCUCGGACGCAUUCAGGCCUGACUGAUGGCAUUUCUUUACAAUCUAUAUCAGCCCCUAGUAGUGGAAUCUGGAGUGAUGGGAAGGAUAAAAGUGACUCCGCACAAGCUCAUACCUGGAAUGUAGAAAUAUUUAUUGAUGUUGUGAAAGAAGUGAAUCCAAACUUAAAUUUUAAAGAAGUGACUUAUGAACUGGAUCACCCAGGAUUCAUCCUUCGUGACAGCAAAGGUCUACAAAUAGCGGUCUAUGGCAUCCAGAAGGGGAUGGGAAUUGAAGUCUUUCCUGUCGAUCUCAUCUACAGGCCUUGGAAGCAUGCAGAAGGACAG